AUGGUCCCGAAAUUCGAAUGCAAGGUGUUUGGAAAGCAUCAAGACCGCGGCCCGGGGUGGGUUUUAGUGAAGUGGGAGGUUGACCCCGGGCACCUCGAACUUUCCGGCAGAGGUUAUGAGAUCUGGUCGGAGACAUGGAGGCAGGUGCCGCACGCGCGUCUUGAUACACUGAAUCUGCUGAUGUAA